GUACUGCACCGCUACACAACAACAGCCGCAGCAGCAGCAGCAGCGUCUGUCUAGUUACCACCGGGACUGCCAGUCCUCAAAGGCAGUGUUUACAGCAAUAAACUGUCACAUACUAAGAGCGACAACCUGCUGACAAAAUGGUUAACUUCACUGUGGAUCAGAUCCGUGCCAUCAUGGACAAGAAGUCCAAUAUCAGGAACAUGUCUGUGAUUGCCCACGUGGAUCAUGGGAAAUCCACACUGACGGACUCGCUGGUGUCCAAGGCAGGGAUCAUUGCUUCAUCCAGGGCCGGAGAGACGCGUUUCACAGACACGCGCAAAGACGAGCAGGAGCGCUGCAUCACCAUCAAGUCAACGGCCAUCUCUCUGUACUAUGAGCUUGAAGAGAGCGACUUGGCGUUUAUCAAGCAGUGCAAAGACGGAAACGGCUUCCUUAUCAACCUCAUUGAUUCUCCAGGUCAUGUCGACUUCUCCUCUGAAGUCACUGCUGCCCUCAGGGUGACUGACGGAGCCCUGGUGGUGGUGGACUGUGUCUCAGGUGUGUGUGUGCAGACUGAGACGGUACUGCGGCAGGCCAUCGCUGAGCGCAUCAAGCCGGUUCUGAUGAUGAAUAAAAUGGAUCGGGCGCUUCUUGAGCUGCAGCUGGAGCCAGACUCGCUGUUCCAGACGUUUCAGCGAAUUGUGGAGAAUGUCAACGUCAUUAUCUCUACCUAUGGAGAGGACGAAGGGGGACCCAUGGGGAACAUCAUGAUCGACCCUGUUAUUGGUACUGUUGGGUUUGGCUCUGGCCUCCAUGGAUGGGCUUUCACUUUGAAGCAGUUUGCUGAGAUGUACGUGGCCAAGUUCACAAAAGGGGAAUCGAAGCUUGGUUCAGCAGAGAGGUGUAAGAAGGUGGAGGACAUGAUGAAGAAACUGUGGGGAGAAAGAUACUUUGAUCCAAAUGCUGGCAAAUUCAGUAAGUCUGCCACCGGUCCUGAUGGCCAGAAACUUCCUCGCACCUUCUGCCAGCUUGUUUUGGACCCCAUCUUUAAGGUGUUUGAUGCCAUCAUGAACUUCAAGAAGGACGAGACAGCAAAACUCAUUGAAAAGCUGGAUGUCAAACUGGACACGGAGGACAAGGAGAAAGAGGGGAAGCCCCUGCUGAAGGCCGUAAUGCGUCGCUGGCUGCCUGCCGGAGAGGCUCUGCUCCAGAUGAUCACCAUCCACCUGCCGUCCCCCGUCACUGCACAGAAAUACCGCUGUGAGCUGCUUUAUGAAGGGCCAGGAGACGACGAGGCCGCCAUGGGUAUCAAAAACUGCGAUCCUAAAGCACCUUUGAUGAUGUACAUUUCAAAGAUGGUCCCAACUACUGACAAGGGACGUUUCUACGCUUUUGGCCGAGUAUUCUCCGGCUGCGUGUCCACCGGCCUGAAGGUGCGCAUCAUGGGGCCAAACUACACCCCCGGAAAGAAGGAGGAUCUUUACGUCAAACCCAUCCAGAGGACCAUUCUGAUGAUGGGUCGGUAUGUGGAGCCCAUUGAAGAUGUCCCAUGUGGCAACAUUGUUGGUCUUGUUGGAGUAGACCAGUACCUGAUUAAGACAGGAACCAUCACCACCUAUGAACAAGCCCACAACAUGAGGGUGAUGAAGUUCAGUGUGAGUCCUGUGGUCCGAGUCGCUGUGGAGGCCAAGAACCCUGCUGACCUACCCAAGCUGGUAGAGGGUCUGAAGCGUCUGGCCAAGUCUGACCCCAUGGUGCAGUGCAUCAUCGAGGAGUCUGGGGAGCACAUCGUCGCUGGAGCGGGAGAGCUCCACCUAGAGAUCUGCCUCAAAGACCUGGAAGAGGACCACGCCUGCAUUCCACUGAAGAAAUCAGACCCAGUCGUGUCUUACAGAGAGACAGUGAUGGAAGAAUCAGACCAGAUGUGUCUUUCCAAGUCUCCCAACAAGCACAAUCGUCUCUUCAUGAAGUCCCGCCCUUUCCCCGACGGCCUGGCUGAAGACAUUGAGAAGGGGGAAGUCACCGCUCGGCAGGAGCUAAAGGCCCGCGCUCGUUACCUUGCCGACAAAUAUGAGUGGGAGGUGACAGAAGCCAGGAAGAUUUGGUGCUUUGGUCCAGACGGGUCAGGGGCUAACCUGCUGAUUGACAUGACGAAGGGGGUUCAGUACCUCAACGAGAUCAAGGACAGUGUGGUUGCUGGUUUCCAGUGGGCGACCAAGGAGGGGGCUCUAUGUGAGGAGAAUUUGCGCGCCGUUCGCUUUGACAUUCAUGAUGUUACACUGCACGCCGACGCCAUCCACCGUGGUGGAGGACAGAUCAUCCCAACAGCCCGUAGAGUCCUGUACGCCUGCCAGCUCACUGCUCAACCUCGACUCAUGGAGCCUGUUUACCUGGUGGAAAUACAGUGCCCAGAGCAGGUGGUCGGCGGGAUCUAUGGCGUGCUGAACAGGAAACGGGGUCACGUGUUUGAGGAGUCCCAAGUCAUAGGCACUCCCAUGUUUGUGGUGAAAGCCUACCUCCCUGUCAACGAGUCCUUUGGGUUCACAGCUGACCUGCGUAGUAACACUGGAGGCCAGGCCUUCCCCCAGUGUGUGUUUGAUCAUUGGCAGAUCCUCCCGGGAGACCCCAGCGACCCCACCAGCAGACCUUUCAGCGUUGUUGCUGAAAUUAGGAAACGUAAAGGUCUGAAAGAGGGCAUUCCUGCCCUUGACAACUAUUUGGACAAACUCUAAAAACUGACCGGGGUUAUUAAAUACCAAAUGAAUCUCCAAACCCUACCCCAUGGGCACUUUAAUAAAAGAUACAUUGCACAAAUUGUUUUGACUUUGAGUCAGGAGCAGAAACGAAGCUGAACCCUUUGUUGUUAGCAAGUGGAAGCAACAAUGCUUUUUCAUUUCACAGCUACAGAACACCAAGUGCCUAGGGUGAGGGUUUUGGGGAGCAAUUAAAUCAAAAGUUUUCCUUGUUUCUUCUAUUCCUCCACAUCAUCCCCCUCCCCUCCCACUCAUCUACAAGGAUGGGCCUGUUCAGUGCACUGUGAUACUGCUGCUGCUGCAAUAAUGCAUAUGUAAAGGGAUCAUGGGCAGAUUAAACCAUGGAAAUCACAAUAAAGGUGUUAAGUCAAA